UUUUCAGGAGUGUCGUUAAGCUUAGGAGAAAUGAGAAAGGGACCAGGGGGGAGAAACCUGGAACUGCUCAGGCUCAGGUUAUAGAUCCUAUCUCAGGAAAGGCAACAGCAACACCCUCAAAACUCCACAGAUUAGUUCACAAAACUAGUAUCAGUAGAUCUGACAGCAAACCCUAGAUUUCAUUUUUUCCCUUUUUUACUCGCGUAGGAGAAAUCAAAUAAAUUUCUUCAGAUCUCUGUCGCCGACUCCGAGUUUCCAUGGCCUGUAAAGGAACGGGAUUGAUCUUCUUAGUGUUCGCUCUCUCGUAUGCGUUAUCCACCUUCGCAGGGAAGAGCUAUUACGAUAUUUUGCAAGUUCAAAAAGGCGCUUCGGAUGAGCAGAUCAAACGAGCUUACCGGAAGCUCGCACUGAAGUACCAUCCAGAUAAAAACCAGGGAAAUGAAGAGGCCAAUAAGAAAUUUGCGGAAAUUAACAACGCUUACGAAGUCUUAUCGGAUCGUGAGAAGAGGAAUAUUUACGAUAGGUAUGGUGAAGAGGGUCUGAAGCAGCAUGCGGCCAGUGGCGGUAGAGGCGGAGGAAUGAACAUCCAGGACAUAUUUAGCACCUUCUUUGGUGGAGGUCCAGCUGAGGAGGAAGAGAAGAUUGUGAAAGGUGACGAUGUAAUUGUUGAUUUGGAUGCUACAUUGGAAGAUUUGUACAUGGGAGGUACAUUGAAGGUUUGGAGAGAGAAGAACAUUUUAAAGCCAGCUCCUGGUAAGAGGCGCUGCAACUGUCGAAAUGAGGUCUAUCACAAGCAGAUUGGCCCAGGAAUGUUUCAGCAGAUGACUGAGCAGGUCUGUGAGCAAUGCCCAAAUGUAAAAUACGAAAGAGAGGGUUAUUUCGUAACUGUUGAUAUCGAGAAAGGGAUGCAAGAUGGACAAGAAGUGGUGUUCUACGAGGAUGGUGAACCUAUAAUAGAUGGAGAAUCUGGAGAUCUAAAGUUCCGCAUCCGUACUGCACCACAUGAACGAUUCAGAAGGGAAGGCAAUGAUCUGCACACAACUGUUACAAUAACACUGGUACAAGCUCUUGUUGGGUUUGAAAAGACUAUCAAACACCUCGAUGAGCAUCAAGUGGACAUUGGCUCCAAGGGAAUUACUAAACCCAAGGAAGUGAGGAAAUUCAAAGGGGAAGGAAUGCCUUUGCAUCUUAGCACAAAGAAAGGAGAUCUAUAUGUGACCUUCGAGGUUCUGUUCCCUAGUUCCUUGACAGAAGACCAGAAAACAAAGAUCAAGGCGGCCCUUGGUUAAUUUUGGGAAUCCUUUCUUUUUUGUUCCAAUACGUCCUGAUUGUACCAUGAUGAGAUCAAAUGAAGGUGCAGGCUGAUGUAGGGGAUAAAAGUGCCCAUUAUAUAAUUCCUUGAAGUUGUUCCUGAUACCAAUAGAGCAGCUUUCCCUCGUAUUGUUUUCCUUCACAAGAAAUAUAAUUCAUUUUUGCUCUAGUGUAAUAUUCUAACAUGGAAAUACAUUAUUGAAAGUAAACUUUAGCUUUUCUAGGAUAGGACUGUACCUUCUACUUGUGCUUCGCAUUGAGAAUGAACAUGAUUUCACUGUAAA